UCGCAUGAAGUUAGGACGUGUGGUAAAAGUCGGGCAGUUUGGUUUUCUUUUGUGUUUUGAUACAUAUCCUGAAUGUGAUUACAAGUUGUUUUUAUAAACGAACAUUAUUUCGAUGCCAUGCGCACGGAGCGGGUGCAUGGGGAUAGGUUUCAUCGAGCCUAACUCAUGGCAAGGAUGGCUGCAUCUGGUACGGAGAUCGAAGACUUCUUGAACGGGCCUCUGAUUUCGUGGAUAAAAUCAUGCAUAUCAAAUCCAGAAUCAGUGUCUGGGUAUCAAUUUCUUUUCAAUGGAGACAUCCUUCACCAAGUUUAUCUUCAGAUAGACCCAGAACCAUCAUACCAUAUCACAAAAUUGUCAGGUCUCGAAGACCAGGCUUUGAUACUUGGUAGAGUUAAGAACUUUGAUGCUAUCAUUAAAAAUGUGAAAGCAUUGUAUGAAGAGGAGUUGGGAAUGACACUUUUAGUGGUCCCAGAAUGCAUAUGCCUUGGAAAAGCUCCGGAAUCCAGGGAAGGGCUGGAGAACAUGAAGUUGCUUGUGUUACUACUACUUGGUGCCGCUGUUCAGUGUCCAAAUAAAGAAAUAUUCAUAACAAGAAUUAAAGAACUUGAUUUGGAGCUACAACACAGCAUUGUGGAAUGCAUCAAACAGGUGACAGACAUGCAAACAGUGGUAUUGACCCCGGAUGCGAUAGAUCUCUUCCAGUCACCGACAAUGUUCAAUCAUAUGCGACGACUUGCCAAAGAACGAGACCAUUAUCUGCAAAAUUGGGCUUCCUUAGUACUGCAAGAUGGGCUUUGUGAAAAUGAAAAUGAGGUCAAGAAUGGAAAAAAUCGAUCAACCCAGAAUGUAAAUCAAAGCAACGGCGAUAGUCAACAUUUAGCUGUUGAAUUAGCUGACUGGAAAGCAAGGCUACGGAAGCAAAGGCAGGAACUUGAAGAAAAAUCUGAACAGCUUGUAGAAUGUCGUGAAGAAUUAGAACACACUAAGUUAGUGUUAGGAAAGUUGAGAACAGACAGCCAAGAAUGGUUCAAUGAAGCAAGAAAAGCUACUGGCUAUAGAGAUGAAGUUGAUGCGCUUAGAGAAAAGGCUGAACGAUGUGAAAGAUUAGAACAAGAAAUUCAGCGAUACCGAGAUAGAUUGGCAGAUGCGGAGUAUUAUAAGACGCGUGUGUCAGAAUUGAGAGAAGAUAACAAAGCCUUAAUGGAAACUAGGGAUGCACUUGAGGAACAACUGCAAAGGGCUAGAAAAAGAGCAGAGCAAUGCCUCAAUUUAGAAGCAGCUAUGAUCAAAUUAAAAAGGGAAGCGAACGACAUAGCAUUGGAAAGAGAUGCAGAUCAGCAAAAAAUACAAGAACUCAUUGAAGAAAACAACCAUUUGCAAUAUAUUACUCGGUCUAUGUUAAGUGAAAGUAACAAUAGCAAUCUAGAUACAGACAAUGAAGGAGAGAGUACUCUAGAAUCUGGAGAAAAUAGUUUAUCAGAACAAUUAACGAGUAAUGCUCAAGCGAGGGCACUGAAGUUAGAAUUAGAAAAUAAACGGCUCCUCUCGACAAUAGACAACUUACGAGAACAAUCAUUAUUAGAAAGCAGUGAUAAAGUAUUGGAAUUAGAAAAAGAAAAGAAAAGGUUGGCAUUGAAAUGUGAACAACUCCAAGAAAAUUACAACAGGCUUGUACAACAGAAUUCGGAACUCGAGGAUGUUUUUAAAAAUGCCCUAGAAGAGAACAGAAAAUUACAAGACUCAUUGGACAGUCAAAAAUCUUUUAUAGAUAGGCAGGCCAUAGAUAGAGAAUCUGAAAAGAGUAAACUUCAAGAUUUCGAACGACAUUUAGAAUCGCUUACCAAGGAUAAGCAACGUAUACAAAUGCUCUGUGACUCAAUACAGAGAAGGGCUGAUGAACUAGAAAAAACCUUAGACACCAGAAACAAAGAAGUCAAUAUUCUUAAGCCGGAAGCCGAUAAGGUUACUGGACUAAUUAUCCAAACAGAAGAACUUAAAACAAAAUUGACUUACAGUGAAAGAGACACGCACAAUCUACAAAGAGAAGUUGGUAAAUUAAGAGAAGCCGUAGAAGAAAAAGACGUAAAUUUGGACAAGUUUACUAGCGAACUUGAGUUAAAGAAAAAAGAAAUUGAAAGAUUAGUCAAAGAAUUAGAAACAAAUCACAAUAUAGCCAAUAGAUUACAGGAUCUUGAACAAAAAACCCAGGAAUUAAAAUCACAAAAGAAAGUUGACACUGAAACUAUACAGACACUGCAGAAAGAUUUAAUAUCCGAAAAAGUUAAUUUUGAUAAAUUGAGGAAUUGUGUAGAGAAACUUGGUAUACGUUCGACAGAAAUAAUAUCCAAAGAAGUUAACGUAGAAGAUCUAUUGGAAAAAAUUAUCACAAACAGUGAUUAUGAAGGUUUAAUAUCUGAAAUUGCAGCCAAAGCAAACUUACUGAAAUUAGUACCAUGUGAUUGCAAACAUAUAGAAGAAAUUGACAAAGAGGAUGAUGUAGUUAAUCCUCAAAUUGAACAGCUCACGGCAGAUCUAAUUGCUUUACAAGCUUCUCUCGAAAGCAGUCAAGCUGAAAACGCUAAAUUGCAAGUGAAUAUUGCUACGCUGAAUUCGCAAAACGGGUCAUUGAUUUCGCAACAAAUGACAUUACAACUGGCUAAUAGCCAAUUGGCUGCGGAAAAGGAAGAAAUUAUAAAACAGUUAGAAAUACUGAAGGACAAACAAGACAACCUGUUAAGAGACCAGGUUGCUCUGCAGACAUUGCACGAACAAUUGAAUACAGAGUACGAAAUGCUCCUUAGUGAGAGAGAGCCAGUGAAAGUUACCAUUAGGGAUUUAAAACUUGAAAAUAGAGAGUUAAAAGAAAAACUAACGCAUUGUGAAAAAAAAGUAUAUGAUUUUGAAAAAGAAAGGGACAACUUGAAAACAGAGUCUAGAAACUUGAUAAAUCUUAGGGCAGAACACUCCAAAUUGAAAGAUGAUUUUAGAAAUCUUUUUACUGCUAGCGAUAGAUUGAAAAACGAAUAUAGAAACAUGCAGGAAGAGUACAGAAAAUUGAGAAGUGAAGUGUCGCAUUUAAAAUUACUUAACACGGAAAUUUCUGGGGAAGUCAAUACAAAAGUUGAAAUUAUCACGAGCUUGGAACUAGAGAUUAAUAAAACAAAUCAACACUGUGAAAUGUUGAUACAAAUGAAUAAAAGCUUAGAUGCCGAUAGGCGUUCGUUAAUGGAUCACGUGUCUCAACUUUUGACCCAAUAUCACGAGUUACUCGCUCAUUCGUUGAAAGAUAAACAGCAUUAUCACGAAGAAGAGAAAAUGUUCGCCGACAAAGUUAAUGCACUAUGCCGUCAAAAGGAAAAACUGGAAGAAAAAAUAAUGGAACAUUAUAAGAAGUUAGAUAACUGUACAACAAAACGACGUGGUUUCGGAGCUUCAUUCGUUAAGAGGGUACGGAAAGCCGGGACAGACUUAAUAAACAAGGUUCCAUCGAGAAAUAACAAAAGAAUCGAAGAUGCCUCCAGUUCUAAAUCACAACUAACUUUAGCAGGCUCCGAAUCAGGAGAGUCAGAUCCAGGUAGUCAAGAAAUUGAGAAAACGUUGAAAAUGUCUGAUUUUGAUCCCGCGACAUCUAAUCAUAGCGUUGAAUCGUCUAGACACAGUACUGAAGCGAGCUUCAGUCGAAGAUUUGAUGAUAAACUAUUAAAAAAAUCAGAAAACAUGGAAAUGUCCGGGUCUAUUAAUAGCUUGGAUUCUACAAGACUUACCGGUGACAAUAAUUUCGCAAGAAGAUUAUCGACAACGUCCAUACAUAGCGGAGGCGGAGAUGAUGCUCUAAUUAGAGCAUCGUUACGUAGAAGACCACAUAAAACUGUGCCUCCUUCUCAUCGUAACAGCUUUCAAGGUAUAGAAAGCGAAUCGGGUUUGCCGACAGCUUCAACACCGACGCCGGUAUUCGGUACAGCUGGUACUCGUCGCACUGUGUAUGUUGCAGACGAAGAGGCUAAUGUCAACCUUGAUUCAAAGCCGCAAAGUACACCGAUAAAAGAGAACCCGACAUAUUUAGUAUACAACAGAAUAUCGACGGUUAUCGGCGACGGCGCUUGUCAAAGUUUGAAUGAAAGACCAACGUCUGAAAGGCCUGGUCCAGACCAACCUCACACGGUCGAUGAUUCUACUCAAGAUAGAAAUGAAGCAAGACACGACCGGAGAUCAAUAAAUCGUAACGAAAACACGGAGAAUUCUAAAGAGUCCGCGAUAUGGUACGAAUACGGAUGUGUCUGAUGCAGUGGUUUGUGGUGUAAAAAAGACUGAAGCCAUGCCUUGUAUUUCGAAUGUAUUUAUAUGAUCGAAUUAUGUAACCUCAUGACCAGGAUAUUAUUAAUACUUUUGAAUUUAUAUUUGCAAUUUUUAGUAUUGUGAUAAGAUUUGGAGAGCAGUAUUAGCUUGGCAUUUAACCGAAUGACUAUUAGUCAGAAAUAUAAAGAAAAUACAUUGUAUUUUUGUCACAAUAUAGUGUAGUCUUCGUAUAUUUUUACUUUAUAGAGGCUUUUCUUUUAUUUAUUUGAAUACAGCUUCAAAGUCUGAUGACUUAUUACGACUAUGUACUGUAUAACCCUAUAAACAAACUAGAAUAUUGUUUUAUUUUUUGGUUUAGUGUAACAAUAUGUACAAUACUAACAAUGACAAAUUUUAACUAUUGUUUUAGUUGUUUCGUAGCAUAAAUUAGAAUAAACAUAGGAUAAGAAGGGCUCAGUGAAAAAAAGUGGUUUAAAUAACAAAAUCUACUGGAAAAUUAAAACAGCUUUUAAAACAGCAAGUGCCUGAUAGCUCUGAGUUUUGACUGAAAAUUUCUUUAUUCUGAAAUAAAUUAUCUGAGUGAUCUACAUUUUUUGACACAAAGAAUAUUUUCAUUUAUUAUAAUGUAUACUAUUUAUAUUGGUGAACCAUCAAAUUGGAGAUUCAGUUUAUUGUGUAUUUUAUUAGCUUAUGUUAGUUGAAUCGUUUUUACACUCAUUCCUUCAGAUAAUUUUUCGAUUCGUUUUUUACCUUACUUUACCUUACCUUAAAAUUUACAUCAAUUGUACUUUAGUAUAAUAUUGAAAUGUGAUUUAAUAAACGUAUGUUUUGUUUAUUUUCUUCAGUAAUUCGUUUAGUUUACAUUUACAUGA